CUGUUUGCAGAAGCCAUCAGGCGGGUUGUUUCAUUGGAGAUCAUCUCAGAGCUGCUGCUGUUCCCAAGUGCUUCUCCCUCCUCACUCUCCUGAACCCACUUUUCCUCCAUCUCUUGUCUCCCCAGCAGGUAUGUCCAGCCUGAAGGAAAUCUGCAGUGGCCUCCCACUGCACCCCGUGCCUGAAAACAGAGGUCGAAAGAGAGGAAUUCCACACGCGCCUGUGAGGACCCCCAACCUUACCGCUCAGGAGGAGAAGCUGGCUCUGCAGAACUCCUUGCGUUAUUUCCCACCUGAAUUACACCAACUGCUGGCAUCCGAAUUUGAAGAUGAGCUUAGGCGCUAUGGACAUAUUUACAUGUAUAGAUUCUAUCCGCACAUUGAGAUGAGAGCCUACCCCAUAGAGGAAUAUCCUUGCAAGAUCAAAUCAGCUGCUGCAAUCAUGCACAUGAUCAUGAAUAACUUGGAUCCCUCAGUAGCACAGUUUCCACAGGAACUUGUAACUUAUGGAGGAAAUGGACAAGUCUUCAGCAACUGGGCUCAGUUCUGGUUGGUGAUGCACUAUUUGUCCGAGGUGACUGAAGAGCAAACAUUAGUGAUGUACAGUGGGCAUCCUUUGGGCCUGUUCCCCAGCCAUCUGCAUGCACCUCGAUUAGUCAUCACUAAUGGUAUGGUUGUACCCAACUAUUCCUCCAGAGAUGAAUAUGAGAAAAUGUUUGCAAUGGGAGUCACAAUGUAUGGCCAGAUGACAGCAGGGAGCUAUUGCUACAUUGGACCACAGGGAAUAGUUCAUGGAACAGUGCUGACUGUGCUGAAUGCAGGUCGUCGCUAUUUGGGUGUGGAGGACCUGGCUGGAAAAGUGUUUGUCACCUCUGGCCUUGGUGGGAUGAGUGGUGCCCAGGCUAAAGCUGCAGUUAUUGUUGGAUGUGUUGGGAUCAUUGCUGAGGUUGAUGAAGCUGCUCUUUUGAAGCGAUACAAGCAAGGAUGGCUGAUGGAAAUCACAGAUAGCUUGGACCACUGCAUUGCUCUGCUCAGAAAUGGACGAAAGAACAAAACCUCCCUUAGCUUGGGUUACCAUGGGAAUGUGGUAGAUCUUUGGGAAAGGCUUGUCUAUGAACUUGAUACAACAGGAGAACUGCUAGUUGAUCUAGGGUCUGACCAAACCUCGUGCCACAAUCCAUUCAGUGGAGGAUACUACCCUGUGCAGCUCUCCUUUGGGGAAGCAAACCAGCUCAUGUCUGCCGAUCCAGGGACGUUCCGUGCCUUGGUGCAGGAGAGUUUGAGGAGACAAGUAGCUGCUAUAAACAAACUGUCUGAUAAGGGCAUGUUUUUUUGGGACUAUGGCAAUGCCUUCCUCUUGGAAGCUCAGAGAGCUGGCGCUGAUGUUGAGAAAGGAGGAGCCAAUAAAACUGAAUUCCGAUACCCUUCCUACGUUCAGCACAUCAUGGGAGACAUUUUUUCCCUGGGAUUUGGGCCAUUCCGCUGGGUGUGUACCUCAGGUGACCCACAGGAUCUCUCUACCACUGACUUAAUCGCCGCAUCCGUGCUGGAAGAUGCUAUACAUCAGGGAGUGAGCACAUCUGUAAAGCAGCAGUAUCAUGACAAUAUCCGCUGGAUUCAGGAAGCUGGGAGGCACAACUUGGUUGUUGGCUCUCAGGCCAGAAUCUUGUAUUCUGAUCAGAAGGGUCGUGUGUCUAUAGCAGUGGCUAUUAAUCAAGCUAUUGCUGAAGGAAGGAUUAAGGCACCUGUUGUCCUUAGUCGAGAUCACCAUGAUGUGAGUGGGACCGACAGUCCUUACAGAGAGACGUCAAACAUUUAUGAUGGAUCGGCCUUUUGUGCAGAUAUGGCAGUACAGAAUUUUGUGGGAGAUGCCUUUAGAGGAGCCACAUGGGUUGCCUUACACAAUGGUGGUGGAGUUGGCUGGGGUGAAGUGAUAAAUGGAGGAUUUGGCCUUGUUCUGGAUGGAUCUUCAGAGGCUGAGAAGCGAGCUAAGAUGAUGCUCAGCUGGGAUGUUUCCAAUGGAGUGGCCAGACGCUGUUGGUCAGGCAAUAUUUAUGCUUAUGAAACCAUCUGCCAAGCGAUGGAUGAAAAUGGGAAACUGAAGGUGACUCUCCCACACGUGGUAGAUGAAGGCAUUUUGGAGCAAGCCCUGCAUCAUUAACUGCAUUCGGAAUGCAUCAUUCUCCUUUCAGACUGAUUUUGAAGUUGCUCUGUCUGGUAAAAUAAUAAAAGCACUGCAUAUGUCUCUUC